AUGCUUAAUAUUCCUUCUCUACAGCAAAAAACAGCAUCUGACACUAAUGCAUUAUCCGAUAAUGAUAGAAAUAAAAAAACUAUGGGUCGUCUUCGUAUUAUGAGAGAUUUUGCUGAUUUAAAUGCAUUACCAUCAACAUGUGAAGUAAUACAACCAGAUCUAAGUAAUAUUUCUCAGUUUACAAUAAUAAUAUCACCAGAUGCUGGAUUUUAUAAAAACGGUCGUUUUAUAUUUUCAAUUGAUAUUCCAUCUGAUUACCCAAAUCAACCACCUAAAGUAAAAUGUACACAAACAAUCUAUCAUCCAAAUAUUAAUCUUGAAGGAAAUGUUUGUUUAAAUAUUCUUAGAGACGAUUGGAGACCGAUGUUAACUAUAGAAACAGUUAUUCUUGGAUUGAUUUUUCUCUUUUUAGAACCAAAUGCCGAUGAUCCAUUGAAUCAUGAUGCUGCUGCAAUCUUAAAACAAGAUCGGAAUAUAUUUAAAACGUAUGUUGAUAAAACUAUGGCCGGUGGAACAUUUAACAAUAUUCAAUAUAAUAAUGUACUUAUAUAA